CAAAGAUACACGGAGGGUCUUCUAACUUUACAAUUGGAACUCUAAAAGAAAGGCGAAAAUUAUUAAUUUGUGACAAGAAAUAUUAGCAGUAAUUUAAUUUAUUUCAAAAUGUCAGGCGAAUUAUCAAGAAACGAAAUAUUGCAAAUGUUUGUACGAGUGUCGCUUGUUUCACUUGCUACAUACUUUUCGGUCAAAUGGAUGAUAAAUCAGAUUGAUCCAACAUGCAAGGCAAAAAAGAAGGCGAAGGAGCGUGCGGAAGGACUUUUGCGAAGGUUGGGCUUUAAGGAAUCAAAACUCUCGAAUUUAACGGAAUAUGAAAUGGUUAUCGCUGCUCAUUUAGUCGUUCCUGAAGAUAUAAAUGUCAGUUGGAAGGAUAUUGCAGGUCUUGAUAAUGUUGUCCAGGAACUUAAAGAGAGUGUUGUACUUCCAGUGAAACAUAGAGACAUGUUUCAAACAUCAACAUUAUAUCAAGCACCAAAGGGAGUUUUACUUCAUGGACCUCCAGGAUGUGGAAAGACUUUGAUCGCUAAAGCAACUGCUAAAGAAGCUGGAAUGAGGUUUAUUAAUCUUGACGUUGCCAUGCUCACUGAUAAGUGGUAUGGUGAAUCACAAAAACUUGCUGGUGCUGUGUUUACAUUGGCAGUAAAACUUCAGCCAUGUAUAAUUUUUAUCGAUGAAAUUGACUCAUUCCUUAGAUCUCGAAAUACAAAUGACCAUGAAGCUACUGCUAUGAUGAAGACACAAUUUAUGAUGUUAUGGGAUGGACUGAGUACUGAUAAUUCUACUGUAAUAGUUAUGGGUGCAACUAAUCGUCCGUCAGAUUUAGACAAGGCAAUAUUAAGAAGAAUGCCAGCACAAUUCCAUGUAGGCUUACCAAAUGAAGAACAACGACUUAAAAUACUCAAACUUAUUCUAGAAAAUGAAAAAAUAUCAUCAAAUGUAAAUUUCCUUCAACUCGCAAAGAUUACAAAUAGUUUUUCUGGAUCAGAUUUGCGUGAGUUAUGUAGAAAUUCAUCAGUUUAUCGAAUUAGAACAUUUCUUCGUGAUCAUGGCGAUGAGCUAGAUGAACAAGCAUUGAGAGCACAAGAAAACCCACUUACAGAAAGUGCCACCAACAAAUCUUUACCAGAAAUUACAAUGGAAGAUCUAAUGAUGUCACUGCAAAAAAUGAAACUUUCAAAAAUGCACACAGGAAUUUUAGGACUUGAAAUGAGGAGUGAUUUGGAUUAAAAAUGAUAUUUUUUAAAAAAAAAAUUGAUUCUUGGUUCUUGCUAGUGAUGCACAUAUAAAUAGAAAUCAUAAAUUUUAGUGUACGAUAAAUUUUAGAAACAAUUAGGGACUCCGAGCAACACAUAAAUGUUAGAGAUUUGAAAAAUUAUAGAAUGUCAGAAAAACAUUCAACUACUUACAAAAUGCUAGUUUAGUAAAU